AUAGUGACUUCGGGGAUUGAGGCAGCCAUGGCCGGCAAUCUGAUCCAUGACGAACUAUUCACCAAUGCCAUCUCCGGAUACCGCGAAGCAUUCUUGGUUCAACACUCCCAUCUUUCGGAAUCGGAACGAAAUGAGCUCUGGAUCGAACAGCUAAGCCAGUGCAUCCCGGCCGCAAACCACCGGAUUGAACGAAAGCCCGUAGGGAAACGGCGAGCCAGUACCUCAGAUCACUCAGUCGAUCUAAUACGCGAUCUGUCGAUGUCAUCCUGUCCUGACCUACCACGGAAACGCUCCUGCGGAGAAACACCUAUGAUGCGCUCCCAAAGCCAACAACUUCCAAUCUCUCAUUGGAACGAGCCAGCCGAUAUGAGCAAACACCAACCCUUCGGCUCAGUCCGGAUCCAGCGUCGUCCUUUCCAAGUCAACGAAUAUUCGCUCCCUCAAUAUUCUCGGUAUUUGGACAACUCCCCCAGCACAGCCUAUGACUCAGCCUUCGCUUUCGGGCUUGCAAACCAUGGACGGACUGGACCAACGCAACACCCAAAAUACUCUGGACCGACAACAUCCUGGACCGGCCAGGCCUCAGUAACUGCAACGGAUAUGUCUCGCAGCUGGACCACCGACUCUCCCUUGGUUGGAGGAAUGAACAUGUUCACUUUGGACUCGCCCUUGGACUCGAAAAAACCUUCCCAUGAAGAGGCCAUUGGCUCUAUCCCGCUAGAGUGGGUGCCAACAUCCACCUCCAGCGUGCCGUCUCAAAAUCUCUAUUCCUCUCUUUCAGUGCAUCCUGACGUAGAUCCCACAAUGUCCCUCCCCUUCUCCCACCCCAUGUCAUUCUCAAGCUCUGCAGUCCCCACCUCCAUCUUACGCCACCCCAUCAUCCAAGAGUCCCUCCCUUUUGAUGCCGUGGGCACGAACACAUCAGACUCCAUCAACAGAAAUACCUCAGCAGCCCAGAGCUCUCGCGCCACGCGCCGUACCCAGGAGCAAAUCGCCCACGGCGCCCGCCCCAUCGCCCCAAAGCAGAUGCCCUAUCGCGAGAUUCUCCAUUCCGACCGCAUUGAUCCACACAAGAUGGUCCGCAUCUCUUCGGCAGAUGGCACAGCCAAGGAAGUCGCCGCGAUACCCAAGGCAUCUUUUCACCGACCCCCACGACAAAAGAUAUACUGCAAUCUCUGCAGUGACCAACCAGAUGGGUUCCACGGAGACCACGAGCUGCGCCGACACAUGGAGCGCGCGCACGCAUCCAUCCGCAAAGUGUGGGUGUGUCGAGAUAUCUCGUCGGACCAGAACUUCCUCGCAAAUUGCAAAGCUUGUCGCAGCGGGAAGCGCUACGGCGCAAAUUACAACGCCGCAGCGCAUCUCCGCCGCACUCACUUCAAUCCUUGUCAGCGCGGUCGUGGAGGCGGCGGCAAAGAUUCCGAGAAGCGCGGCGGCAAAGGCGGAGGUAAUAAACCGUCAAUGGAAGUCCUGAAACACUGGAUGGUUUUGAAAGAGGAGGUAGUAGACAUACCGUCACUGGACUCGAAGGUUCUAGCCAAACCUGCCAGCAGCGUCCAGAGUGUCGAUUCUGGCAUCGAUGUUUUUGCGCCUGAAUAUCCUGAAUAUAGAAUGGAAGAUCGCCUUCCGCAUGUGGUUAAGUCAGUGACGAUUGACGACUUUAAUCAAGUCCCUGAGUUUCCAGCAAGGCCCUUUGAGCUCAGAUUCGAGAUGGGCCUUAGCAUUGGGGAUCCUUCGUUGGGUUCGCUGUUUUUCAUGGAUUCGCAGUCGUCUAAUACAUCCCCGUCUGUCAUGUGA